AUGGCAUGGGCGGACAUUGUUCAUGAAGCUACCCGCCGACCACCAUCACCACCGCCUGGCCACACCUACUCUCUCACUUGCUUCGUAUACUCUCCUAACGCCCCCUCGACAAACUCACCACCUGUCAUCGCAUAUAUCUCUAACAACGGCGAUGUCCGCGUAAGGACUAUUGACCUAGACUGGAUAAAAAACCCACGUAUUGUGGCACAAAAGUUGCUUACUUCGAAAAUACUGAGCCGGUACGAUUUCGAAGAGGUAUUACGUCAAUGUAGUCGAGAGAGUACCGGCAGUACACAAGAGAGAUGCUCGGCCGCAUCACAGCGUCUCUGCGAGUUCCAGCCUGCCUUUGACCUGCAGUUUUUUGGUCGUCAAAUGUCGGAUAUCUAUCUUGUGGCACUGCAAUCUGGCUUGGAAGACGAUCUAUGGGCGGAUCCGCCUGAGUUUAACCCAACUUCCUUCCCGUCAAGCUGCACAGUGCUGUAG